AAAGCCAAGUUGCCCAGGAAAACGGCAGAUGUCGGGAAGCAGAUCCUCUUCUGGAGGGAGCAGGAGGCAAAGCGCCGUGAAUCUGCCCGCUACGUCAAGGCCCACCACGUUGGCGUCCUGAAGGGUAAAAUGGAGGAGCUCAGCGAACGGAGACGACUUCACCGGGAGGUUCAGAAGAGAGUGGGCGAGGAAAUCCAGGCCUACCAGGCAGGGGAAGAAGAGAGGAAAGAGAGGCUUCGGGAUCUUCUAGAAGCGGAAGAGAAGGGCUUCAUUGCUGAAAUGGAAUCACAGGAAGAAACCAUAGAGAGUCGUCAGAAUAGCAUGAGAAUGAAAGCAAAAGAGCUGAGGGAGAGGAGGGAAGAGGCUCGGCGGAAGCUGGUGGCGGAAAAACGGGAGCAGCAGUUCCGAGAAACUUGUGAGGAGAUCCGGUCGCUAUUAAGCCAGCAGCACAUGAAGGAGGUGUGUGAAGACCGGCUGGCCCAGGUGGCCCUGAACGAGGAGCUGAAGAAGCAGAAAGAGAUGGAGGAGGCCAUGUACGCAGCUCUCUGGGAAGAGGACAGGUUAGCCAAGGAGAAACGAGCUGCUGAGGAAGCCAAGAAAAGAUCAGGUUGGGACGAGGACAUGAUUAACAUGCUCAAUGCCCAGAGAGCUAUAGCGGAAGCUCAGAAGGAGGAGGCGAAGCGGCUGAAGGAAGAAGAGGCGAAGCUGAUGGAAGAAGAACGGCAGUUGAUGAAACUAGAGAACGAACAGGCCGAGAUAGAAAGACAGCGGAAAUUGAGAGAAUGCAGAGACAUGUUGCUGGAUUCCAUGAGGGAGAAAGCAAGGCGUCUCAAUGAAGCAAAGCAAGAUGAGCUCGCUUUAGAAAUGAAGAUCUUGGAUCAUGUCCUGCAAGAAUCCCUGGAGGACACUGAAGGUCAGAAAGAAAGGAAGAGGAAACUCUUAAAAGAGCAGCAGGUAUAUCAGGCCUACCUGGCUCAGCAGAGAGAAGAGGAAAAACAACAGGAAAAGGAGCUGGAAAAGUUGCGGGCUGAGGACACCGCAAAAAUGUGGGCCAAGAGGGCUGAGAAGGAAAGGGCCAUGAGACAAGCCAGAGAUCGGUUACUCAAAGAGGUCAUGGACACAAGGAAGCUUCAGAUUGAGGAGAAAUUGCAGAGAAAUGCCAAGGACCAAGAAGACCUUCUUCGAGACAGGGAAUUAUUGAGUGCAGCCCUUCAGGAGUACCACCACCUAGAACAUGAGACCUACACAAGGCGUUUGCAGCAAGCAAAACAAUAUCGGGAAGAACUCCACGCUCAGAUGGAUCACCUCAAGGAAGUCCGUGAGAUGGAGAAGGAAGAGCAGCGCCGUGAAUACGCCCUGGCACAGGAAGAAGAAAAACUUUAUCAGCAAAAGUUGGCAGAUAUCCUUUCCAGACCAUACAUGAAGUUGAAAUCUCUUCAUCCUUUAAGGAGGCAACUAGUCUGUAGCGAUAAGUGUUAAUAUCAGUUCCCUUCUCGGAUAUGUAAAUUCUGUCUGGGCCCAGAGAUGGGACGGAAGGUGGAAGUCUGGUUUGAAGGAACAUCUUUAUUACUCUUUUCAGUUGUUGUUGUUUUUUUGUCCAGGCAAAAGCUUCUCUCCACACCAUUUUUUUCCUUUAAAAAGUACUGUUAAAAUAGUUAGAUCUUAAAUAGUCUUUCAACACUUAAACGUUUUAGAAAUAAAUAUUCUUGAACACCUAGAAGGAGAGCUGCUCUAAAUCAUUUAUAUAAGAAUGUUGUUUAUCUUGUUUUGUUUUUUAGUCCAAAUUCAUAAUUUCUAAAUUAUCCAUUCUGAUCUAUUGUUAAUAAUUGGUUAACUCAUGAACUGGGUUUCCACCACUCACCAUGUCAUAAUGUGUGUUUUGGAGAAUCUGGCUUAGCAUACUGUGAGAAUCCAACCAUUUGCACCAUCAGAUUUAGAGCAAAAUGUGUCAUAUGAACUUACCCACUCUGAUUUGGAAACCAUGAUUUCUGGCUUAGUGCGUUGUGCAGACUCAGCCCAUUGUGCUUCUUCAAUAAAGAAUGGUUAAACAAGUCA